AUGUCUGACGAUGAGCAGCACCAGCACAACUUCGAGCAGGCGAGCGCGGGGGCCUCCCUCACGUUCCCCAUGCAAUGCUCGGCCCUCCGCAAGAACGGGCACGUCGUUAUAAAAGGCCGUCCCUGCAAGAUCGUCGAGAUGUCCACCUCGAAGACUGGCAAGCACGGUCACGCCAAGGUUCACCUGGUCGCCAUUGAUAUCUUCACCGGCAAGAAGCUUGAAGAUAUCUGCCCCUCCACCCACAACAUGGAUGUCCCCAACGUCUAUCGUAACGAAUACCAGCUCGUCAACAUCGAUGAUGGUUUCCUUAACCUCAUGUCCCAGGAUGGUACUUCGAAGGACGAUGUCCGUCUCCCGGAGGGCGACAUUGGCAAGGAGAUCACCGAUGCCUUCGACGAGGGCAAGGAUCUGCUUGUCACCAUUGUGAGCGCUAUGGGCGAGGAGCAGGCCAUCUCCUGGAAGGAGGCGCCGAGGGGCUCGUAA